ACGGCGAGCACCGCAAAGCACUGCCAACGCUCCAUACGACACACUUAAGCUUCCGUCCAAGUUCGCAUCGAGCUCGACCCCUGCGUGCGUAGCUUGCCUCCCCGGCGGCCCCCUCCACCUCCACGUUUGCAUGGUGCACCGGCCAUCAGACUCGCGGCUCCUCGCCAACCUUCUCAGCCAUGAGAAGGACUACUCCAAACACCUCUCCGUGCUCCUCGACUACUCCCAGUCCUCGCUCGCCUCAUUCUCGGCCUACGCGUCGACGUGUACACCUCCGACGUCCCGGGUCAUCAUCGCCGUCGCGGGGAACCUAGCGGGCGCGGAUGACGCGUUGAGGAAUUAUGCGGCCGCGGUGGAACGUUGGCAGGAGCAGCUGAGGGCGUUGAAGCAGAUGGAAGACGACGUUGGAAACAUCAUGCGGGAUAGGGAGAUUCUGGUCACGCGCCUUAUCAAGGCGUCGAAGCAGCAGAAACCCGCACGAGACUCGGUACUGGGCGGGUCACCCUCAGGUUCGACGCUGAGCAUCACGAAGCCCGAGGUGCACGUCGGCCAGAAACUUUCCGCUGCUCAAUCGGAGCUGCAAGCGUGCGAGGCGCACCUCGCUUCGAAGGAGCAAGAACUCAAUGUUUUCCGUCUACACACUAUCAAGUCAGGUCUCCAGGCACGGUGUCGGGUAAUGGCGGAAUGCGGGUGGGCAUGGGGGGAGAUGGGCAAGGAAGGCAUUCGGGCCCUGGAUACCCUCGGGAUGGAAAACGGCUACGGCAGCCCGUUUGGAUACCCUUACCUCCACAAGCCCCUUCCCGGUCACGACCAAGCUGGUUCUGACGUAUCUUCUCUAGCCCCCUCUCAGUCCGCCUCGCAAGUCGGACAUUCGUCUGAGCAGAGCACGAUAGUGGGUCCGCCGUGGCGGGCUUCUUCACCCCUUACAGUUCCAACUCCGCCGAAGCCGUACACUCUCCAGAUACCCCCAGCACACUCUAUUGGCGAGUACGCCAUGCCCAACGGAACGGUUCAACAUUCAACAAUCGAAGAAGAGCCAGGCGGAGGUAGCAGCGCAGAAGAGGACGAGACAGCGAUCCCUACCGAAGUGCACGAGAACCCGCGCUUCAGCAAGGGUAAGCCGAAAGCCAAGGCCCCAUCUAUCUCUGCCUCUGUACCGUCGCGUCACGUCUCUUUUUCACUACGGGGGCCCAAGGCGUCGACGAGCGAGAGCAUGUUGGGCGAGGCGUCGUCUUUGCGCAGCGAAUCCCCCACCAAGAAGACGAAGAAGCGCUCUGGAUCCAUGCUAGGGAACCUGGCCGCCCUCUUUCACGUCGGGGGCUCUCGCAAUGACGCCGACGACUCCACGCGCACGUCUCCCUCGAAAGCACCAGGGCGAUGGCAGUCGCGCAUCGACAGGAACCUCGCGUCAGUGAAGCGCGGCGACAGCUCCGACGAAGAAGGGCCUACGCCCUCCCAUUCAUAUGCACGGGCUACUUUUCCUACGCCGAUUCUCUUGAACUCCCCGGUGAAAGGUUCUCCGGUUGAGGGAGAUACUCAAAGGCUCAAGAAACGCGCGUUAAAGCGUGGGUCUGUGCAAGCCCCGUCCCCCGCGCGGACCGUUAACGCGGACAAGGGCUACGCGAGCGAUACCGUGGCCGAGUCCGUGAGCAAGGCGCGCGGGCGCAGUGGCCGGGAUAAGACGCGCUCCAAGAGCCCAUCUGAAACGGGAGUCAACGGACCUGCAAAGCCCUCGUCGCCGAAGCAGAACGACUGGGCUAGCGCGGGAGCAAGUAGCACACGCUUGAAGAAACCUCCGAACGGGGCGUUGGCGCUGCUGUCCGAGGGCGGGCCGUCGUUGUCUCGGAACUCGUCGAUCUCGAAGCAGUCGAUCUCGAGCUCUGCUAGUGCGCCCCCGAGGACUGGCUCUAUGUUGCACAUCUCUACCCCGUCCCCGCUUGGCCGGCAGGGAUCGAUUUCUCGCAAGCGCACCGCAUCCUUGAAUGUUACCCCGACUUCGAACGGCCCGCCCACUCCGACGAAGCACAAGCGCACGGUGUCGACGUCCGCGACUUCGACGUCCACGCGUCUCCCCAAUGGCGAGCCGAGUCUCAUGAGUAUCGUCGAGGGGAUGUCGCGCAUCAACAAGGACGCUGCGCUCAAGCAGGAUCCCAACCGCCUGCUCGUUGUGCCUAAAGCCCCUGGCCCAGUGAACAUCACCAUCGACGAGGUCCGUGCGGAAGUGAACGCAGUGGCGCGCCAGCACUCCGAGGGCUCAGCUACCCCGCGCCCGCGGCUGAAGAAGGAAAAGGAGCAGGACGGGGAGGAGCACAACUAUCGGAAUUCGCUGCUCAUGUCCGCAUCGAUCUCCGCGCCGUCGCUCCCGAUCGCGACCGCGAGCCAGCCGAAACCACUCCCAGCGAAGAUGCCCCUUCGUUCUGCGUUGCGCAACGCUAGCCGGACGCCUUCACCGAACCCGAAUUCGCCUCCUCUGCCGCCGCUUGCCCUGUCCCUUUCUCAACCCCAACGUCCGGCAGCUGCGUCUCCCAAUGGAAACGUCCCUGCUCCUGCGCCGACCCGUCCCAGCGAUACCCUGACCGUACUUCGGCCCGACCUCAUGUCAAAGCGCCGUGCGAGCGACGUAUCUUCUAUCUCCUCGUACGAGACCGGCCACGAAGUCUUCGACGACGAGCCUGAGCCGACUCCUCCACCCUCCCCUACCUUACCCCCGCCCCCACCUCCGCCACACGACAAUGUCAGCGACGUAAGCAACUCGACGACGUCCACCGCCUCCCCACCCGUGCGACGCAAGAGCGUGCGCAUGUCGCUUCCGCCGACGUUCUCCGCGACGCCGCCCGCGCUCGACGAGACGGACGAGGACGAGCGUGAGAGGCAUGAGCCGUGGUCGCAUUCCUCCCGUGCGCGCGGGGGCUCCGCGACGCCGCGGGCCGAGAAUGCAGGUAAUGGGGGCGCGUGGGGCUCGCGCAUCGAACAGAACGGCGCGCGCGACGUGUGGGCGGACUCGAGCGACGAGGACACGGAGUACAGUGCGGCGAAGCGGCUGCUAACGCGACUCGCUCGCGAACAGGAGGCUAAGUAGUUCUAGUCUGAGCACAUUAUUUCGUACAUGUUUUUACUUCGAUGGAGGGGGCGGAGGAUGGCAGAGGAGCGAAGAGAGGUGUUGUUUAUUCUUUAUCUCGGUUUGUAGCGUACAUAUUCAUAUUGUAGUGUAUGCCGCUGGUAAUGACUGACUCAUCCACUUCAAGUUGGUAUGAUCAGAGAGUCAAGGAGGGUCUUCAUCUUCAGGACUCAAUCGAUCAUCCAUGAGAUAACUACGCUAGCCAACCUACUGUCGACAUAGAGUCUAAAUCGACAAUCGAUAUACUUAUAUUCACC